CAGGUGCACGGUUCCUGGGUCUCCUCUCCGGAGCCUGGCAGAGUUCGCCCCUGCCCAGUCCAGUGACCUUUGCCUGUCUGAGCCCUGGUUAAUUUUUGCCCAGUUUGAGGGCUGUGGGCUCCUCCCCUCUGGGAUAUAAGCCUGGCCCCAGGGUGCCCUGUUCUGCCCGAGCCUCCCGAACUCCCACCCUCACCAUGGCCAAGGGCUUCUACAUUUCCAAGGCCCUGGGCAUCCUGGGCAUCGUCCUGGGUGUGGCGGCCGCCUGCACCAUCAUCCCCACCGUGACCACCUUGUCCACCACCACCUUGGACCAGAGCAAGCCCACCGUGACCUCCUUGUCCACCACCACCUUGCCCACCACCUCCAUGGACCAGAGCAAGCCGUGGAACCGGUAUCGCCUCCCCAGGUCGCUGGUACCCGACUCCUACCAGGUGACGCUGAGGCCCUACCUCACCACCAAUCAGCACGGCCUGUACAUCUUCGAGGGCUCCAGCACCGUCCGCUUCACGUGCCAGGAGCCCACCGACGUCAUCAUCAUCCACAGCAAGAAGCUCAACUACACCGACAUCCAGGGGCACCGGGUGACCCUGCAGGCCGUGGGGGGCGCCAAGGCCCCCGAAAUCGACAGGACCGAGCUGGUGGAGGUCACCGAGUACCUGGUGGUGCACCUGAAGGGCCAGCUGGAGAGGGGCGUCAUGUACGAGAUGAACAGCAAGUUCCAGGGCGAGCUGGCUGACGACCUGGCGGGCUUCUACCGCAGCGAGUACAUGGACGGUAACGACAAAAAGGUGCUGGCCACGACCCAGAUGCAGUCUGCUGAUGCCCGGAAGUCCUUCCCCUGCUUUGAUGAGCCCGCCAUGAAGGCCAGGUUCAACAUCACCCUCAUCCACCCCCACAACCUCACGGCCCUGUCCAACAUGCUGCCCAAAGGUCCCAGCACCCCAUUUCCGGACGACCCCACGUGGCACGUCACCGAGUUCCACACCACACCGGUCAUGUCUACGUACCUGCUGGCCUACAUCGUCAGCGAGUUCACGUAUGUGAACAUGACGGAGGCCAUGUCGACCAAUCAAAACGUCCUGAUCCGGAUCUGGGCUCGCCCCAGCGCAACCACAGCGGGCCACGGCCAGUAUGCCCUGAACGUGACAGGCCGCAUCCUCAACUUCUUUGCCCAACAUUACAACACAUCCUACCCUCUUGAUAAAUCCGACCAGAUCGGCUUGCCCGACUUCAACGCCGGCGCCAUGGAGAACUGGGGGCUGGUGACCUACCGGGAGAACUCUCUGCUCUUCGACCCCGACUCUUCCUCCAGCAGCAACAAGGAGCGUGUGGUCACCGUGAUUGCGCACGAGCUGGCCCACCAGUGGUUUGGCAACCUGGUGACGGUGGCCUGGUGGAAUGACCUGUGGCUGAACGAGGGCUUCGCCUCCUACGUGGAGUACCUGGGGCGGUACGCCCUGGCCUCCUCCCACCCGCUGUGCACCCCAGCCGAGGAGGUCAACACGCCGGCCCAGAUCAGCGAGAUGUUCGACUCCAUCUCCUACAGCAAGGGAGCCUCUGUGAUCAGGAUGCUCUCCAGCUUCCUGACUGAGGACCUCUUCAAGAAGGGCCUGGCGUCCUAUCUCCAGACCUUUUCCUACAAGAGCACCACUUACCUGGACCUGUGGGAGCACCUGCAGAAGGCUGUGAACCAGCAGACGGCCAUCACGCUGCCUCAGACUGUGAAAAACAUCAUGGACCCCUGGAUCCUGCAGAUGGGCUUCCCUGUCAUCACCCUGAACACCAAGACAGGGAGCAUCUCUCAGAAGCACUUCCUCCUUGACCCUGACUCCGUCGUCACCCGCCCCUCAAACUUCAGCUACCAGUGGAUUGUUCACAUCUCGUCUCUGAAAAAUGGCGUUCCGCAGGCAGACACCUGGCUGGAGGGAGCCACCAAAACUGAGACAAUGUUCAAAACAACAAAUUACCAGGUGAACUACGACCUAGACAACUGGAAGAGGAUUCAGGCUCAGCUGCAGAACGACCUGACGGUCAUCCCGGUCCUCAAUCGGGCGCAAGUCAUCCAUGACGCCUUUGACCUGGCCAGUGCCCGCCAGGUCAGUGUCACCCUGGCGCUGGACAACACCCUCUUCCUGAUCGACGAGAAAGAAUACCUGCCCUGGCAGGCCGCCGUGAGCAGCCUGAGCUACUUCAAGCUCAUGUUCGAGGGCUCCGAGGUCUACGGCUCCAUGCAGAAAUACCUGAAGAAGCAGGUCACGCCCCUCUUCCGUCAUUUUGAAAAUGUCACCAAUAACUGGACGAAGCGCCCCGAAAACCUGAUGGACCAGUACAACGAGGUCAAUGCCAUCAGCACCGCCUGCUCCAGUGGGGUCCCCGAAUGCAAGACACUGGCGUCGGACCUUUUCUCCAAGUGGAUGGCUGACCCCAACAACAAUCCGAUCCACCCCAACCUGCGGUCCACCAUCUACUGCAACGCCAUCGCCCAGGGCGGCGAGGCCGAGUGGGACUUCGCCUGGGAGCAGUUCCGAAAAGCCACCCUGGUAAACGAAGCGGACAAGCUCCGUGCAGCCCUGGCCUGCAGCAAGGAGGUCUGGAUCCUGAACCGGUACCUGGAGUACACCCUGGACCCCAACCUCAUCCGGAAGCAGGACGCCACCUCCACCCUCAGCAGCAUCGCCGGCAACAUCAUCGGGAAAACCCUGGCCUGGGACUUUGUCCAGAUCAACUGGAAGAAGCUCUUCAAUGAUUACGGUGGCGGCUCCUUCUCCUUCUCCAACCUCAUCCAGGCCGUGACGCGACGGUUCUCCACUGAGCACGAGCUGCAGCAGUUGGAGCAGUUCAAGAAGAACAACAUGGACACGGGCUUCGGCUCAGCCACGCGGGCCCUGGAGCAGGCCCUGGAGAAGACCAAAGCCAACAUCAAGUGGGUGAAGGAGAACAAGGAGGUGGUGCACAAGUGGUUCCAAGACCACAGCAACUAGUCCCCGGUCUGCGCAGUCGCCCGGCCCCCCGUGAGGUGCCCACAGGCAUCUGUCCCAGCGGCCCACCCACCGCGGGACCCCCUUUCCGGACCCCGAGGCCCCACGUCCUCCCUCAGGGACUGCAUCCCAGCCCACGUUCCCUCCGCUCUGUCCAUGGAGCCAACCCAGCUCCUGGCGGCCCGACUGUUCAAGCACCUCCCAGCCCCCCCGCCCCUCGUGCCAACCGCACCCCAGGCCUGGCAUGGCCCCUGUCGCCCAGGGCCCUGGGGCUGAUCUCAGGGAGGCCCGGCUCCAGGGCCAGAGCAGCAAAGCCCUACGUGGACUUGGGUCGGCCUUGGGGAGCUGCCUGCGCUCUCUCUCACCUUCCCAUGAGGACCCUGAACCUGGAGACUCCACCGGACACCAGAUCUGUAUAUUUUUUUUCUAAGAGAAAAUAUAGAUAAAGGAUUUCUAGAGGAG